GCGCUGCUUCAGUUUCCGGUUUUGCUGAAGCUCAGGAGGAGUUGAUGAGCGCAGGAGAGAAGCAGAAGGUCGACGCUCUUCUCAGUCCGGAUAUUAUUCGAGUGAUUUGCCGGAGUGUGUGUGAGUGUGUGAGAGAGAGGGAUGUGUUAUAAUUAGCCCGUGUGCUGGAUGAUCGUGUUGUUUGGGAGUAAAGGAGCGAGGUGGAGACACACAGGCAUGUCUGCAUGAACAAACUCCAGUCCAGGCAGCACACAAGUUCUCCAUCAGAGCUUCAGUGCCAGCGUGAUGGCAACCACGGCGCAGGUUUUAUACGACUUUUUAGCAGAGCCGGGCAACAACGAGCUGACGGUGAGAGAGGGUGAGACGGUCACCAUCACCAACCCGAGCAUUGGUGGAGGAUGGAUCGAGGCACGGAACAGCAGGGGCGAGGUCGGCCUGGUGCCUGAGGACUAUGUGGAGGCCAGUAAGCCUCAGGCUUUUACACCAGCAGGAGGAGGAAGUGUGCCACCACUCGACCUGUCCUUCUUUGACAGUCAAGCCACAGCAAGUAACACGCAAAGCCAGGUGGAUGUAGCUCAGCCGGAAACCCCGCUCACCCCCAUGACCCCAAUGACCCCCACCACCCCCGUGUUCCCGACCCCGUCCUCCCCAAACGAGACGAGUAAUGGCAGUGACCCGUGGGCCGUGUUUGACAGUAACGCCUCUGGGGGCUUCUCCAAUAACUGGGCGGCGCAACCUGAGGGCACAGAGACUGGGCAGAGCAGCGGUAACGCCUGGGGGUCUGGAGGACACGGCCACCCGCACGCCUACCCAGGCCCAGGUGGCGACGAUGACGAGUGGGACGACGAAUGGGACGACAGGAAGUCCUCGGGCGGGUACGGAGAAAGCGAAACGGCCGGUGACGGCGCCAUCAACCGAGGAGGAGCUCACGGGUCCUCCAUGAAAAUCACCCUCAACAAAUUCCCGGGAUUCUCCAAAUCGGGUCCUGAGCUGUACCUCCUGCAUAAACAGGGCUCCAAAGGACCCAAGCUGUCUGUCUAUAGCGGGGAGGUCGGCCCGGUGUGGGAGUACAUCGAGCCUCAGCUGGACUGUGUUGUAGCCGACCCCAAAAAGGGCACUAAAAUGUACGGCCUGAAGAGCUACAUUGAGUAUCAGGUCUCCCCAAACACAACUAACAAACCAGUCAAUCAUCGAUACAAGCACUUCGACUGGCUGUAUGAGAGACUUUUGGAGAAGUUUGGGUCGGCCAUCCCCAUCCCCUGUCUACCUGACAAACAGGUCACAGGACGUUUUGAGGAGGAGUUCAUUAAGAUGCGUAUGGAGAGACUUCAGGCCUGGAUGUCCAGGAUGUGCCGGCAUCCUGUCAUCUCCACCAGCGAGGUCUUCCAGCUCUUCCUCACCUACAAAGAUGAAAAGGACUGGAAAACGGGAAAAAGAAAAGCAGAGAAGGAUGAGACGGUCGGGGUGAUGAUCUUCUCCACGAUAGAGCCUGAGGGACUGCCGGACCUGGAUCUCACUGAGGUCGAGCAGAAGUGCGAGCAGUUCAGUCGUUUCACCAAGGCGAUGGAUGAUGGAGUGAAAGACCUUCUGAAUGUUGGAAAUGAGCACUGGAAGCGCUGCACAGGACCUCUGCCGAAGGAGUAUCAGCGGAUUGGGAAAGCCUUCCAGAACCUGUCAUCUGUCUUCACCAGCAGUGGAUAUGAAGGAGAAUCUACGCUCACUGAUGCUCUCACAGCAGCUGGGAAGACCUACGAGGAGAUCGCGCAGAUGGUCGCUGAGCAGCCAAAAAAAGAUCUUCACUUCCUCAUGGAGACCAACAACGAGUACAAAGGACUUCUUGGAUGCUUUCCCGACACAAUCGGAGUUCACAAGGUCGCCAUAGAGAAAGUAAAAGAAGCAGACAAACUGGUCGCCACCAGUAAAAUCACCCGGGAAAAGGUCACGAUGGCCAAGCGAGCAAGCACCAUGUCUUACGCAUUACAGGCGGAGAUGAACCAUUUCCAUAACAAUCGUAUCUACGACUACAACAGAGUGAUGCAGCAGUACCUGGAGCAGCAAGUCAAAUUUUAUGAGACGAUUGCUGAGAAGCUGAGACAGGCUCACAGCCAGUUUACUACCAUGUAAAGAAGAGGACUGCACUGAAUCACACACACAUACAGGGUGCACCUCUCUCUCUCUCUCUCUCUCUCUCUCUGUUCCUCUUUAACAUCUCUUUUUGUCUUUGACCUCAGUGCCAUAAAAAGAUUGUUGAUCUCAGACCAAAGGAGGUUUGUUCAAAUAUAACUUCCUCUCCUCCGACGUGAAACAUCCAUCCGUCAUUUUCUUUUUUUUUUUUCGUUCAUUUUCUUCCCCAAGUCCCCCAAAGGAGUGAGAAGAAAGUAAAAAAGUGGCACAAACACUAGGUAUUCUUUAGUACCAUUUUAAAACAGUCGCUUUGCUGUGUGUUUCCCCAAACGCCGUUCGCUCCGGGGAGUUCGUUAUAUUACACACUGAUAUUUGUGCCACUCGGAGGAUCAGUCUUUUUUUUUUAUAUAUAUAUAUAUAUAUAUAUGCUUUGAAAUUGUGUAUCGAGUUUUAAACUUUUGAUAGAAAUAAAUAAAUAAAAUUUAUGUAAGUCACUAUUGUUUAUAUAUCGAUCUAAAGAAAACGGAUCCAAAAAAAAAAAAUGCUCGUUUUCAUAUUUAAAUAACGAAAGCCGUUUCAGCCAAUCAGCGAUCAGGAUACGAUUGCAGCGUAUUAGUUACACAUUUGGCUUUUAUAAGCAUCUCCUACCACCGUCACACGAAAAAAUUAAGUCUCGGAAAAAUCACAGCUGGAUGCUUUCCAGAAGAAGCGUGUGUUGAAGUGAAUGAAAGUUGAUCCUUUGAAUCCUGAACUGUUUUAUUUCUCAAAGUCGCAGCUUGAGAGUAAAAAAAUCCCUCUGGGGAACCGACUGAGCAAAAAAAAAAAAAGAGGAUUGAUAUGCUAAGAGUGGACACACAUGAUGUGAGUUUUCACAAGUGUUUAAUGAAGCCUUAAUGUAAUAACGUGACCAAAACAUUCAAAUUCGUUUUUAUAUUUCAUUCUGUAUUCAAUUAAAACAGUUUUCUACAAAUCCUUUAUUUCAUAUCUACAGUUCUGAAAAUAAACAUCCCAGUGGCACAAAUGUCCAAACCGAUCCAGAAAUAGCGACUUGUCUUACACGCUUUCUUUUUCCUACGAUGUCUAAUAUGUUCAUUCUGAGGGGUUUUUCCUCUUCACUGUGCCUUCACGUGCUGAGCAACUUCAGCAUGCGUCAUAUGCAAUGCACUUUCUCUUCGCAGUGCCAAAAUGCAACAAGCGAUGUGUAGUAACCUGUCUGUAAUCUCUCACACACACACACACACACACACACAUACACACAUACACACACCUGUUUUCCAAGCAUCUGAAGGAGGGCUGGUCCUUGUAGCACAGGGAUGCUGUAAUCCCACAUCACAUAUGCUUUUCUUUUCUAUUCCUCCUCCAAAGACUGCAGUGUCGUUUCCACUUUUCCGCCUCACAUGAACGUAUAAUAAAUAAUAUACACGCAUUCAGAGUAGCACAGAGAAGGAGGACAUGUUUGAACUAGGUGUUGGUGAUCCUUUGACAUCAGAGUAAAGGGAUUCCCUUUAGUGCAGCACUCACACCAUCUCCAUUCUUCCAGCUCAUACUGGUUCCACUGGAUCGCCAACUCCUAGUUCCAAGAUUUCCUCCCCCCCUGCACCUCCCUUUAUAAAUAUAACAUAUAUACAUGUUAACGAAUGCAUGUGCUUCAACUCAUAGCGUAUUGUUGUGUGUAUACCGAUGUCCUGCAAUGUUAUCGGCACCGUGAACGACACAAAAAGCCACAAAAGUCAUUCUGUUCUGAUUAAAUAAACUUUGAUUUGUAUUCUCUUAA